AUGGCGGCUCCCCAGGGAGUGUGGUGCCCGGCCUGCGGGCUGGCAGCCCUGGCCCCAACCACACAGCGGGACGUCCUCAUGGCUCUGGCCAAGCAGAGCAUCCUCUCCAAGCUCCACUUGCCGGACAGGCCCAACAUCACCCGGCCCACGUCCAGGGGGACCCUGCUGACCGCUCUCCGCAGGAUGCAUGCCCAGCGCACGGAUGCGGCCGGCUCCCCAGGGAUGCCCCGUGACGGCAGCAUCCCGCGUCCUGGGAUGGGUGUGCAGGAAUACGAGAUCUUGAGCUUUGCCGAGUCAGGGUCCUCCACCCCCCGCAGCGUCCGCCUGCAUUUCCGCUUCAGCCAGGAGCUGGCUGGGAGCACCGAGAUCCUGCAAGCCACCCUCUACCUCUUCUGGGCAGUCCCCGGCCCCGGGACGCAUCCUGUCACCGUCAGACUCUUGCACCCAAACCCAACGGGGCUGAACAUGACGGUGGCCAGCGAGACACGGCUGGAGGUGCGAAGGGCCGGCUGGACCACGCUGGACGUGGGCCGAGCUGUCCAGAGCCUCUUUGGCCAAGGGAGCCAGAGGCUAACUGUGGAGCUGGAGGUGGCGGAGGACUGGGGAUUUCCCCUCCUGGCUGGCCACAGUGAUUCCCACUGGCCAUUUGUGGCAGCCCAAGCCCGGGCCAGGACACCCCACCGGGUCCAGCGACGCGGUAUCGAUUGCAACGGGGACUCUCGGAUGUGCUGCCGCAAGGAAUUCUUCGUGGACUUCAAGGAGAUUGGCUGGGAGGACUGGAUCAUCCAGCCGGAGGGAUACCACAUGAACUACUGCACGGGGCUCUGCCCCCUGCAUAUGGCUGGCAUCCCUGGCCUCGCUGCCUCCUUCCACACGGCUGUCCUCAACCUCAUCAAAGCCAACAACGCGGAUGCAGCCGUGGACUCCUGCUGCGUGCCCACGCACCGUCGGCCCCUCUCUCUGCUCUACUACGAUCGGGACAGCAACAUUGUCAAGACCGACAUCCCCGACAUGAUUGUCGAUGCCUGCGGGUGUACCUGA